GCUCUCUUCUGUGUUUGCAGGGUUCAUAGCUUUUUCUACAUACCCUGAGCUGGCUAAACAGGUGAAACUGUUCUGUGCUCUGGGCCCAGUAACCACAUGCUCACAUCUUACAAGCCCUCUGGUUAAGAUAACAAAUGUUCCUGAACCACUGCUCAGGUUGGCACUUGGCUGCAAAGGAACCAUGCACCAGAUUGGAUUUCUGAAAGGACCUGCGACACAUUUAUGUACAAGCCUGGAUAAGUUUUGUGGCCAAGUACUCUGUUACAUAGCUGGAGGUAACAUAAAAAAUCUGAACACGAGUCGAAUAGAUACAUACGUAGGACAUUCCCCUGCUGGAACAUCAGUACAGAACAUUAUUCAUUGGCAUCAGCUAACACGUGUAGACCAAUUUCAAGCUUAUGACUAUGGCUCUAAGGGAAACAUGAAGAAAUAUAACCAGUCUACCCCUCCUGUGUACAAGAUAGAGAAGAUAAGCCUACCAAUUGCUGUUUGGAGUGGUGGACAGGACAAAUUUGCAGAUCCAGAAGACAUUGCAAAACUACUUCCUCGGAUUACUAAUCUCAUUUACUAUGAGGAUUUUCCUGCUUGGGGGCACCUUGAUUUCAUCUGGGGUCUUGAUGCAUCUGAGAAAAUCUAUAAGAAAAUCAUUGAACUAAUAACAAAAUACUUGUGA